AACAUCAUUUAAUUGUUGUGUUUACAACCUUAAAUUUUCUGUGUGUUGUAACAUCUGAUUACGUUCCUUUUCGUUUGAACGUGAUUUUGGGGUUUCGCGACAAGUGAGUUGGUACCUGACAAAUCAUGAAGUUCAAUGUUUUUAAGACGUCGUCGAGACGUAAGUCACGUAAAGCGCAUUUUACGGCACCCUCACAUAUCAGACGCCGUAUUAUGUCGGCGCCUUUGUCCAAAGAAUUAAGGAGCAAAUAUAACGUCAAGUCGAUGCCUGUCCGUAAGGAUGACGAAGUUCAGGUUGUAAGAGGACAUUUUAGAGGCCAACAAGUUGGCAAAAUUGUCCAAGUAUACAGAAAAAAGUAUGUAAUUUACAUUGAAAGGAUUCAACGUGAAAAAGCUAACGGUGCUACAGUUUAUGUUGGAAUUCAUCCUUCCAAGUGUGUUAUUGUAAAACUGAAGUUGGAUAAAGACCGUAAAAAGAUCCUCGACAGGAGAGGCAAAGGCAGAGCCCAAGCGUUGGCACUCAAAGGAAAAGGAAAAUACACUGAAGAAUCUGCUGCAGCAGCCGCGAUGGAAACAUCAUCAUAAUAGUUAUGACUUUUUCAAUAAAACACCUAAAACAAA